AUGGACUCCUCUGUUUCAUGGCUAUACACGUCCCAGGGCAACUCGGACGGUCGACAUGAUUGUGGUUGCACCCGAGGUGAGGUUAGGCCGCCGUUUUGCGGUGCUCGAUCUGCUGUGGUUGCUUCCAAGAUAAGCUCAGCACCUCCAAGAUGCAUUCCUGCGUGUGCUCCUUGCGUUAAUACCUUCCCGCUAUCGUCACAUACACUGCAGAGUAAAGUAAAUCGCCGAUCUCAGCCAGCCUAUGUCUCUUCCAUCUUUGAGGUACACGCCCAAGUUCCAACCACCGUCAACGCCGCGUACGGGUUUCGGUCUGUCACAUCUGGAAUAAACUGUGCUGGUAUCAACGGCAGUUCUCCUCUAGAGCACGAGCUUUUCAUCACUUACUAUGCAGCUCAAGGCAUCGGUCUGGCUGUCGGAAACAUGCAUUACACUUCAGGGAAAUUCCUACCGUUGAAUGGAGAGCCUAUCCCUCGCAUUGUGACGGAACUCAGUCACCACAUCCCUGCCGGUGACGCGGACACCUUUUCCGGUUGCUUGACCAACAACGUAUCUCUCAACUCGAUUGGCAUCGUGGUCAGCAAGCGGGUGGUGCAAGAAGAGGCCCACGAGGGUAAACCUACGUGUGUCUUCUUGAUGCGCCACACUGACUACAACCCCAUGACUGGAAAACUCUGCGAGUUUCUACUGGAGUAUUGGUGCCGGCCAGUUCAAAACCUCGUCAAAGCUCUCAAUAUCAUUCAAAUCGGCAAAGAAACGAGUGUACAUGGUUACAUUGCAGGCAAGCAUAUUCAAUCCAACAUCGUCGGUGGCAGGGAGGUCAAGAGUUAUACUUUUCAAGUUGAGGUGUAUUCGAUCUCGGUCGCUACUGGCCAUGAGAGUAUCAGGGCGGGUGCCACCCUCGCGACUCCCACUGCGACCCGGAUGACCAAAGGUGGCAGGGUUAGAUUGGCACGCGCCACCGAGACCACCCCUCACAAUGGCAACAUUUUCGAGUUGCAUUGCGUCAGCCCCUCCGCGUUACAUGCCUCUGGAGCCGUGGAACCGAUGCCUAAGCCUACGGCUGAAGACCACGCUGCGCUAGCCUCCUAUUUGCAACAGGUCGCAAAUGCAGCCACCGAUGAGAAUGUAAACCCGACGGCGGAUGCCAUGGUAGCAGGUCCAAGCGGCUCCACCAGGCUCCAGGAGGGCAAACGUCGUAAACUAUGA